AUGACUGAGAUUUCCUGCCCCUUCGGAGAUCAGCAGAGGAUGCAUAAGGACUCUCUUCCAAUGCUUCUCAGCAGGGAUGCAUUCACCAUAUCACGCUCUCCCAUGAACACGAAGAAUAGCAUCUACCAGGACUUCAUGAACACCCUGUACUUUUACAGUCAGAUGCUACCAAACAACCUUCUUCAAUUCCAUAUUCGCCAUUUUGAAGAACGCCAUAAAGCUGAGAAAUGUCAGCGACUGACGAGUGAAACAGCUGCAGAACUGAAGCGGCUCUAUCAAGAAACAUGUGACCGGAUGACGAUCCAACAAGACCCCAUCUCAGAGGAAGUAUAUAUUUACAUUUUUCAUGGAAAUAUCAGCUUACGCACAAGGAAGGACAGUGAGGAGGCUCCCAAGGGAAGAAGGAUUCUGAAUUUCUGCCCCUUCGGAGAUCAGCAGAGGAUGCAUAAGGAAUCUCUUCCAAUUCUUCUCAGCAGUGAUGCAUUCACCAUAUCGUGCUGUCCCAUGAACAUGAAGAAUAGCCUCUUCCAGAUCUGUUCCUGGGGAUUGAACAACCAAUGGGCGCAAGCUACCAGCCAAGAAUCCCUCCUCCAGGAACCUCCUCUGGACCCUGAAGGAAAAGGAAGAAACUUCGUCCGAGAAGCUCAGUUCCGAGAGAAGCGAGGGGCCUCGGCCCUGCCCUUGAUAGUGGAGUUUUCACACUCAGCCCGACCUGAGUGUUAG